AGUGAACCGUUGUUCGAGCAAAGUGCAUCAGAACACUGCAACACAUUUCUCUCCACAACCGUGGAAGUAUGACUCUCUUUAAGAUGAGCGUGCUCUUAGUAAUCUUGAGAUCUCUAUGCAUUUCAUUAGUACUCAACGACAUCUCUGUUGUUCGUGCUAUGGAUGUGGUGUCGGACUCAAAUGGUCCGGAGCUAAAUAUUUCUAGUAGUGACUGCUUUGAGCUAAGGUUGCCCGACGUUUUCUCCAUAGGCGAGUGCAUACGAGAACAACGGGACCUAUGCGAAGAAAAGAAGAGGCUACCCCGAGCUAUCGUGGCGGUUGGUUGUACUUUGCUCGGAGCAUUUGCAAAUUUAGACACUGUCAGCGCUAUCAUGUUGAUCCGAGACAUCUAUGUCGCUCUUGCAGAGAGGAGAUUUCACAACGCUGCCAAUGUCGUGGAUUAUUACUUAUAUGCAAAGAAAUACAGUGGGCACAUCGGUGACCAAGUAUGCGAAGGAGAAUUGAUAAUUACAUUGCCGAAUAUAUGGACUAAGUGUGUCAACGAAAACUUGGCUGGGUGCGUGCAAGGAACUACAGUCAAUGCGAGCCAAGUGUGGUCCAUAAUACAUCUUGAAGAGUGCAUCGCCAGAGAUUUUUUCGACCACGUCCCACAAGAUGCUAUUGAGGACCUGUUUUGUGACUUUCUCAAGAAUGUGCAAGUUUCUUCGGCUGCUGUCUUAAAAGCAAAGGGCUUACUUAUGCUGAUAUUCAAGGACAAAUGUUUGUAAAGCAUCAUUCCUGACUACCUCAGUUGAAUGCUCCAAGCUUCCGUGUACAGAAGAAAAAGGAAAUGAGGUCAACGUAUCCUGGCUAUUUCUUCGCAAUAGAUUUCCUCUACAGUGCGUUAGUGUACCACGUCGCAUACGUACAGUGGCGGUUAGGUCAUCUAGAGCCACAGAAACGAACUUUUGGUGCUAGUAUACUUGUUGCCAUCGUGCGUGCGUGAUCACAAAAGCUGGCUGUCACCAAACAACAUAAUUUUCCAUGGCACCCUAUACUGUUGAAACAGAGAAAACGACCUGAGGAAUAAAAUUUAAGCAAUUUUUGCAGUAAUAAGACCAAACCUGAGA